AUGAAAGAAUAUGUGAUCGAGGUUGAAGCACUGAUCGGUAAUGCACGAAAGUGGAGCGUUGAACGACGAUACACGCAGUUUCGUGAAAUGAACAAAAAUUUGGAGAAAUUUGGCGUUGAAUUGGGUUUUCCACCAAAGAAAGCGAUUGGAAAUACGAAAGAGCAAUUCAUCGUUCAACGCAAAGAAGCAUUACAAAAAUUUCUCGACAAAAUAUGUUCACAUUCAUUGUUCUAUUCAAGUCCUGCAGUUGUUUCCUUUCUUGAUGUGUUACCGGACAGUUUUACAGUAUUGGAUGAAUGGAUAUUGUUGAGUGUACGCGAUAAACCUGAGUGGAGAUUAGGAGAAAGACACGUGAAUUGUGGAUGGCGCGCUGCGAAAACGAUUCACGAAUUGAAAUGCGGUCAGAGUGCGUUGGUACUGUCAGCCGUUCGAUACGGACCGGAUCGUUGCGGUGAUAUCGAAACUCUGAACGAAACCCUCAACUUUAUGAGAUCUCUUGACUAUGCGUACAUUGGUGAGUGUAUAUCAAGUUGGGCUGACGACAAGGGCGUUCUCUCUGUAUAUCGUGCUUUCGAUGGCGGUUCACUUCGAGAUCACCUCUAUAAGAGUAAUUGGCGAGAUGAAUUCUUCGUGAAAUAUUGCGUUGAUCGUACAGUUUAUUCGUUGGAGAUUGUCGAUAUUCGUUUCAUUUGUCGUCAAAUACUGGAAGCAUUGUCACUCUUUUGUGCGCUCUCAAUUCCAUUUAUUGAUAUACACAGUGGUAAUAUAUCGAUAUCAGAUUGUGGAUGUGAACUGAUCGAUGCUGAACAAGAACCAAUACUUAAAUCAAUAUUCGCGCCCGAAACACGUUCUUUGCCCACUCUUGUCGAGCUCAUCAGCAAUGAUAUUUUUGUGGAUACACCAGUUGCGAAGAUGAAUCGACGAGAAAUUCGAAUGCCCGCAAAUGUGAAGCAAUUAUUGGAUGGUUUAUGUGAUAAUAUCUGUAAACGUUUGCAGUCCGAUCGUGCCCAGGUUCCAAAGUGGACGAAAACUGAAGAGGAUAGUACAAAAAGCAUUAAAAUGCCAAAAAAUGCCUGGUAUGAGAAGUGGACGAUAGCUGUUAUGAAGCAAAAUAAAAUUCAAAGAGAAGAGAAAAUGCGUAAACUCUUACUAUCUGAAGGUGAGAAAUUGCGUAGAAAGCAAAUAGUGAAAUCUGUGAGUUUUAUUUUCAGCAUAACUUCAAAUUUGAUCACUGAAAUGAAAUUUCAGAGCAAAUGA